CUUAUAUCUACAAUAUAUUUGUAAUACGUUUUAGGUAUAAUGUAAAGAUGGUUGUGAAAGACUCCACUGGCUCAAUGGAGCUCUUGGUGAAGGACACGAAUGCGGAAUUUAUCUUGCGAUGUGUACCAUCUAAUUUGAAGAAGUUAAUGUUAAAGGAAAAUGGAAUGCAGAUACUCAAAGAGUAUCUUUCUCAAUUUUAUGGAUGCGCAUAUGUGUUUAUUAUUCCUGCUCCACAAUCUAUGUACCAUGAACAUUGUGCCUCUGUGGUAACCUUCGUGUUAAAAGUUGAUUGGUCAGAAGAAUGUUUGCACAUUUCCAAAGGAAUGUCGAGGACUGGCAAAGAACCAAUGAGAUCAUCGUGAAAACAUCGUUGUUAAAGCAUUGGAUUUUUAACUUUAUUGGAUUUUUAGUACGUGUGUUGCGUGAUUUAUGAAUUUCCAACAAAUAUUACCUGUGCUUUGCUUAUUUUACUUUAUAUAAAUUUACUUUGCUUCUGUCUAUUUUGUUAUGAAACAAUACUUUAAGUUGUGCAGAUUGAGUAAAAAAUAUUGAAACGUAAUUUUAAUCAUUAACUUUCUUCUUACUUUUUGGGUAUACUCUGUUAAUUGGACAUUGGUCUCUAGAUUUUCUAAAACUUUAAUUGGGAGUUGUCGUGUUUGAUUUGUAUUAUAGAUGUAAACCAAUGGUUUCUUAUUCCAUGAAUGAUGAUUUCUACUUUCUUUUUUUUGAAACUUUAAUUUGGAGUUGUCGAUUUUGUUGGUAUUUCAUCUCCAAAACAAAGGUUUCCUACUCUGUUAAGUUAGUUUUCAUCAAUUAACAAUUGAGAUUUGCUGAUUAUUAUUUCCUGUCUUAUUAUUGAGCUUAAAUACUGAAGAAUAUGCCAGGGUCAUUAUUUUUCGUAGAGUUGAAAUUGUUGGACUGAAGUUGAGAUAUUGCAUAUGCGAGCACGUAAUGAUUUGCAUUUGCUGACUGCUCAAGCCAUUCAAUAUGAUUUACAGUUGGGUUUUGCCAGUUAUGAAUUGUAGUUUGUAU